UCUAAGCAAGUGUUUAGCUUCCAUGACAAAGAGCCUUUGGUCAAGGGCCCAAGCUUGCUUCACAAUCCAACCAACAUAGCAUUAGCUUACUCGACAAUUCUGUGCCCAUUAUAUUCCCUUUCUUCACACCCUCAAGCCAACAAUCAAAAUCAAAGUCAAAGUCAAACUGCCACAUAGACCUCAAAAAAAAAAAAAAAAAGUUUUUGUUCAUGGCCUCAAACCUAAAAUCAAAAUCCUCCCUAACCCCCAUUGCUAAUCCCACCAGUUGUUAUCAAACACCUUCACUCUCUGCCCAAGUAGUAGCCAACAAUGAUGAUCUCCUAACUCAAAUCCUUGUUCGCUUGCCCAUCAACUCUCUCCUCACCGUCAAAUCUGUAUCCAAACACUGGCUUUCCCUCAUCUCCGAUCCCCAAUUCUGUCGCCACCUCUGCCGCAGCAGCCCUCUUUGCAAUCCCAGCUGCGGCCUUUUACUCCUCAAUCCCAGGUUAAGCAAUCCCGAUCCAGUAUAUGAGUUGGUCAAUGUCAACCAAACCUCCAGUAAUCUCUCUGGUCCAGUCCAGUCCCGCAUCCCAAACAAUCCUUUAUUACGUCUCUCUUUCGCAACUGAUCCCAUGGGUGGUAUCAAAAUCUUGCAGUCUUGCAAUGGAUUGUUUUUGUGCUCUACUUCCCCCAGACCCCAAAAACUGAAGAAGUACUAUGCUUACCAUACUACCAUUAAGGAGGAAUCAAAGAAAAUGUACUAUGUUUACAAUCCUACCACCAAGCACUACACCAUCCUUCCUGAGCUGCCUGUUCGCAGUGGAGCUCCUAGGACUGUUUUGGGCUUGACUUUAGCUUUUGAUCCUUCCAAAUCACCUCAUUAUAAAGUUGUUUGUGUUCGUUGCCGUGAAAGGAUCCAUAUCCAUAGACAAUUGGACAUUGAGAUUUAUUCAUCUGAGAUGAGAUCUUGGCGGCUCAGCAGUAGUAGCCCUUUCUUCACAUCCGUGCCGACUUAUAAUCUCCAACUCAAUGGUGGUGUUUAUUGGAAUGGCGCAGUUCACUGGAUUAAUAGUUGGGGAAGCACAGGUGCUCUAUGUUUCCAUAUGGAUGAGGAGCGUUUGAGCGAAAUGCCAUUGCCUCCACUUCCAGAGGACUGGCAGGAUUGGAAUGAAAAAGACUUGGGAUAUUUUGGAGUAUCUGGGGACCAUUUGCAUCUUGUUGGGAUUUACGAUUCUCCUUCAACACAUAUCAAUGUGUAUGAGAUGGAGAGGGAUUAUUCAGGCUGGUCUGUUCGGUUCCGAGUCGAUCUUGCUCAGGUUCUGGCUGCAUUUUCAGAUGCAGGGAGGUUUACACUCCCAGUACAGGACUUAUCCACAGUUCUUGUUCACUAUAAUGUGUGUGGUUCGUUGUCAAGGUGAUGAAGAAUCAUAUAUGGUGAUGCACUUUCCAGAUAAAAUUGUAAAGUAUUAUUUGAAGUCUAAUAGUUUCAUGAAGCUUUGUGAUAUUGAUGAUGGUGGUACAGAUGAUUUACCGUAUAGGGGUUGGACUAAUACAUAUCAAUUCAUUGAGAGUCUUGCUUGUGUAUGAAAAAUUUGAAGAAACUGUUUUUAAAAUGAGUAAACAAAUGAGAAAAUUAUAUCGAUGGUUACCGUGAGUUGUUAUUAUUUAUAGUGGAUAAAUUCAGGAUUCAGCUAAGUCAACGUUACAAUAAAAUUGAAUCACAAAGGGAUGAUGAAGUGUAAAGUUGAUGUUCAGCAAUUUGUUUUCGGUGAAAAGUUGUUUUUUA